CCAAGAUGGCGGCGUCCAGCGCAGAGUCUCAGCCGCUCAGGUUGUGUUGCUAAAAACAGCGUUUAAACAGGGCGAGGCGUCGUGAUGCAGGGUAACAAGAGCAGGUUUUAAAUUCACACCGCUGGUGGAAACAUCACUUAAAUGUAGGGAGAAUGCUGUAAUGUUUGUUUAGGGGGAAUUCGGCUCUGCAGCCAUGGCCGCCGAUAAUAAAAUUCACUUCUGGAGAAGGAACGCGAAGACUCCCGGAAGGUUCCUGAAAGACACUCCAAAGACGAACGCAGUAAGCGUCAAAUCAAAGAAGCCGUCCACGUUCCACGAGUUUGCCCGCAGCACCAACGAUGCCUGGGACAUUGAUGAUGAGGAAGACGGCAGUUUCUUCGCUCCAGCACAGUCCACUUCUGUUUCCGCACAAUCACACUCCACUUUUAAAGCGCCUCAUCCGAAAGAGACACGGAUAAAGGAUAAAGAGCCGGUGUCAGGGGACAGACCGGACCCAGAAAACACGGAGUCUUGCCAAGAUCAGCUGACUCCAGAGACCGAGUCGAGCAAUGGCAGGGUGGUGAAGUCCAGCAGUGAGGUCCAGCUGAACAGUAAUACAGAGCGCAGCACUCUACAGAAGCAGCAGUCCCUCCCUGUGCGUCCCAUCAUCCCCCUGGUCGCGCGUAUUUCGGACCAGAACGCAUCUGGAGCACCACCCAUGACGGUGCGAGAGAAGACCCGACUGGACAAGUUCCGGCAGCUGCUGGCCAGUCCCAACACCGACCUGGACGACUUGCGGAAGCACAGCUGGUCAGGGAUCCCGAGAGAAGUGCGUCCGAUCACUUGGAGACUUCUAUCAGGCUACCUGCCAGCUAAUAUGGAACGAAGGGAGCUGGUUCUCCAGAGGAAGCGAGAGGAGUAUUUUGGCUUCAUCGAGCAGUAUUACCACUCGAGAACAGACGAGCACCACAAAGACACCUACCGUCAGAUUCACAUCGAUAUCCCUAGGACGAAUCCGCUGAUUCCAUUAUUCCAGCAGCCACUUGUACAAGAGGUGUUUGAGAGGAUUCUGUUUAUCUGGGCCAUCAGACAUCCAGCAAGUGGCUACGUGCAGGGCAUCAACGACCUCGUCACGCCCUUCUUCGUCGUCUUCCUCUCCGAGUUUGUGGAGGAGGACAUGGAGAACUUUGAAAUGGCUGCUCUGCCUUUGGAAACGCAACGCAACAUUGAAGCCGACAGCUUCUGGUGUAUGAGCAAGCUGCUGGAUGGCAUACAGGAUAAUUACACAUUUGCUCAGCCUGGUAUUCAGAAAAAAGUGAAGGCGCUGGAGGAGCUCAUCAGCAGGAUUGACGAGGACGUGCACCUGCAUUUCCAGAAGUGUGAGGUGGAGUACCUGCAGUUCGCCUUCCGCUGGAUGAACAACCUGCUGAUGAGGGAGCUGCCGCUGCGCUGCACAAUCCGUCUGUGGGACACAUACCAGGCCGAGUCUGAAGGCUUCUCGCAUUUCCACCUGUACGUCUGCGCAGCAUUCCUCAUCAAGUGGAGAAAAGAGAUCCUUUCCAUGCUGGACUUCCAGGGUCUCCUGAUGCUUCUACAGAACCUACCCACGAUACACUGGGGCAACGAGGAGGUGGGGUUACUCCUGGCCGAAGCCUAUAGACUCAAGUACAUGUUCGCAGACGCUCCCCGCCACUACAAGAGAUGAGGAUUUUGUGAAGCGAGCCACUACGGGAACAACGGAGUGGCCCGACACACACACUGUCUCUUUCUGUGCCGUCUGCGUGGGCGAGGCGUUUCUUCAGUUUUCUUUUUUUUUUCUUCUUCAGCCUGGAAGAGUGUAGAUCCAGAAAUCCAGGCUGCUGAACAUAUGGAUGGAAUUAAACCAGAGGUCAAAAGUUCUUGCACUCCAGCCGAACUCAUAAACCUCGACAUCUCAUCCUCAGGUUUUUUUUUUUUUCCUCCAAACAAAUAACCAGAGACAGAUGUUGCUGUGCUGUGAUGGACUGCAUCUCCAGACGAUAUUUCGUUCUGACCUUGGCUGUUACCACUCCAUGAUUUGUGUUUGUUGUGUGUGUUUUUUUUUUCCCUUUAAUUUCUGCCGUGUUAAUACCAAGGAGUCACUGGACUCGUUCAACUUGCCAUCACUGGACCCAGAGCAGCCAGUAGUGCCGAAAGCCUAUCCAAGCCACUCGCAGCAGUUUCUUUGUUUUUCCUCUGUAGACUGACACUGAAUUUUAACAAUCCUAAUUGUCUGAUUUUAUAGCUAUUUUUUAUUUUAUGUUUUUUUUUUUUUAGACAGGCAGCUAAAAUCCAAUUUGCUUGUUGCUUGUUCGAUUUGAGCAGUCUUAAUGCAAAAAAAAAAAAAAAAAACAACCUCAGAUCAAAUUUAAGCCGGAGUGAUGAAUGAUCUGAAUCAUUCAGAAAGAAAUGAUGUCUUUAUCUAGCCUGGUUAUUUUAGUACAGUUCAACUACUGAAGCUAACCAAAGCACCUAGCUACUUAGGUAGUAACCUUUAGGGUUCCUGUAAUAUAACUGGACUUAAGGUAAAUGAUUAAUUACGUUCCAGUGAAACUGGAAGUGCUUUAAUACCACAGCGAUUAGCAGAUUAACGAUUAGUUCUCAGACAUCUCUUAAGUUAUAGCCACGUGAAACGUUGGUGGAACAUCUUAAAACAAG